AUGGCCAAUCAAGCCUUCAGAAGCCCCGUGCCUCUCACAUCUGACGAGGAGGAAUUCAUGAAGCAUGAGCACAAGCGUGUCAAGUUGACUGACGAGCAACAAGAAGCCUUCGACAGUUGGGCUGGCCCGAAAGACCCCGACGUUUCCGAUGCGAAAUUUUGGAUUGAAAGGAACACCGAGCUUGAUUUCAAUGCCUUUUCGUUUGGGUACCUCAAUCUGUUCAUCAAGCAGGCGGUGUGGAGAUACCACCACCGCGAAUUCAAGGCCGUCACGCUUCUCGUCCGCGAAUGUUGUGUGCUGAGGGUUGUCGAUGAAUUGUCUGAUAAACCUCAGUGGUGGCUCAAGGUCAACGACGACAGUAUUGUUGCAAAGUGGAAAUCGGAGGCUUUGGAAAUCGACUGGGCGUCGUACAUCGAGCAUGCUCACUUCACUCCUUCUAUGGCCGAUGCGUGCAUCAGUGAAUUACGCAAGAAGGCGGAAGUGUAUGAACAGACAGGACUGAUGCCGGUCUACGAUUACUGCACUGCGGUUAUCAAGUCUGACAGCAUCUUGACCCCUGAGUUUGUCAUGUCUAUUCGAGAUGCCGUCAAGUCACUUGAGGAUGUCCCCUCAGAUUGCAAAGACUGGCACCCUAACAGCAACGAUCAAGUCUUGGAUCUAGUCCACCCCUCACUCUGGCCCUUGGUAUACGGUAGUUCUAAGAUGCUUCAUGACCGCACUACUUCGAGAAACAAGGUGUUGAGCAGGGAGUUUCAAUGGCUGCCUUGUGAUGUGGACCUCAAUCGAAUCAACGGAAAAGCCAAAAUUGCAAGCUACAUCAACAACCUCCAUCCUGUAGAGCAGGCCCACCUCUAUCCAAUCAUCGAGCAGCUCAUUGAAAAGUCUUUACCAGCUUGGGAUCUCAUCUACAACUGGGAGGAUAAGUUCGCGGUGCAGCGUCUCGUGACAUCCAAUGCACGUCCUCUUGCUGAGAACGAAACCCCGCGAAAUCAAAAGGAUCCGGAACGCAACGCUCGAGACAAGGCCUGGUUUAGAGAGACACAUGGUCCUCCACUUCCCGACGCUGACCCCGAGGCGAAAGAUUACGUCAAGUUCACUGCUGCCGACAUCAAAAGCAGUGACUUUUUUGGAGGCAAGGACCGCUGUCAGGUCAUUGUCAAGUUGGCCAAUAUCCAUCUCACGCCCGAAAACCCCACAUACGAAGGUGGCUCAUGGCAUACCGAAGGUCUCCUGAACGAGCACAUUGUUAGCACAGCACUGUUCUACUACGAUUGUGAGAACAUCACGGAUUGCACUCUCAACUUCCGAACAUGUGCCAACAGAGAAGAACUUGACGAUUCUGACUCACGGACCUCGCUCGACUAUGAGCAGUACGACUGGUGGAGCAUCAAGCAGGCAUUCGCAAUCGAUCCCCGUGGCCACACGCUUCAGAAUGUUGGAUCGGUACAUACGAGAGGCGGCCGGGCACUUUUCUUCCCUAACCUCCUCCAACACCAAGUCUUCCCUUUCAAGCUCGCGGAUCCCUCGAAGCCUGGUCAUAGGAAGAUUGUAGCCCUCUUCCUCGUCGACCCGGCCAUUCCUGUUAUCAGUACGUCAAACGUGCCGCCUCAACAGAAGCACUGGUGGCCCGCCGAGCCUAAGAUCGAACCACUCCUCGCCCCAGCACCAGAUGAUCAGGGAUUGAUCCAGUGGGAAACGGCGCAGAAAGAGUGGGCUAAUUCUGAAGACGCAUGGUUGAAAGCUCGAGAAAAUUGGGAGCAGGCUGUUAGUAGAGAUAAGUGGCCCAUCGGAAUGGAAGAGGCCAAGGAGCUGAGAAAGGAGCUGAUGGCUGGAAGGACAUGGAUGAAAGAGAAGGAGGCUGGCUGGCUCAAGACGGAAUGGAACUUUUGCGAACAUUAGCUUUAUGUUCUUGAUUUUCGAGGAGACUUUGACAUCUUAUAGUGGAAACAUGCUUAGUACCUAUGCUUCAUUCUGACAUUCAUCACGUAGUCACAUAGUACCGAUC